AUGUCCUCAACACCUAUGGCGAUUGAUUCUCCCAUUGGCCCAAGUGCUCGAGCAAACACCGGGGCUCCUUCAAAUGGAAUCCCGAAUACUUCCAAGGUCUCCGACGUGAUAUCACUCUUCCGGCCAACUAAGCUCUUCCGCCGAGACCCCUCUGCUAAAGACGCUGGCAGAGCACACUCAACCCAUGCUCCUAUCCUCUCCAUAGACUUCAGCGAUGAAGGGGACUUUCUUCUCACGUCAGAAAGUGAUAAUAGCAUGCAAAUAUAUGAUGUCCACAAGGGGAAACACCAUAAGACAUGCUUGAGUCAAAAGUAUGGCGUAAUGCAUGCUAUGUUCACACACAAAACGAAGGAUUCUGCCCCGUGCAUUAUUCAUUCCAGCACCAAACUAAACCGUAAGCCCACCAGCAAAAUUACUGCUUCAGAAGCUGAUGUUUUAUUAGAUACUAUCAGAUAUCUCUCAACCCAUGAUAAUUCCUAUCUCCGCUAUUUUGAGGGACAUGAGAAGAACGUUACAUGCCUCUCUCUUCACCCAGGCCAAGACAACUUCCUUUCUUGUAGCGAAGAUAAUACAGUUCGUAUCUGGGACGCCGGUACCAAAAAUGCAUGCGGAAAGCUUCAUCUGAAUGGAGGCUAUCUGGCUGCAUGGGACCCAUCCGGCAAUGUAUUUGCGGUAGCCUCGCCCACGUCGCAGUCAAUCCUCCUCUAUGACUACCGUAACUUCGAUAGAGAACCGUUUUCCACCUUUGAUGUCUUGCAACACUCACAAGAAAUAAACCCAAGCUCUAUCAGCAAAGGUUGGAACAAACUCGAAUUCUCCAACGAUGGGAAGCACCUGUUGCUCGGAACGACUGGGCAGGGCCACCUGCUCCUCGAUGCAUUUGAUGGGCACCUAAAAGCCGUGCUGCGUCGGGAGAGGGGCGGAGCGAGGCGUUUGGGCGUCGGCGACCAUAAUCCUGAUCAUAUCGAUCGUCAUUCGAGCGAGUUUUUAUACCCUAGUACCGGUGAUUGCUGCUUUACACCUGAUGGCAGAUAUGUAAUCAGCGGGGCGAGAAGGGAGAAUGUGUUGGUAUGGGAUACACUAUCUCCUGCCCCGGACAAAUUACUUAGACCUGCCCACGAAUUGGAGUAUACGGGUGACUCGGGGGUCAUUGCGUUCAAUCCGAAAUACAAUAUGUUCGCGACGGGUGACAAGGAGGUGGUGUUCUGGGUUCCGGAUAUGAAUUUGGCGUAG